AUGGGGCGCCCGCCGUGCUGCGAUAAGAGCGGGGUGAAGAAGGGGCCUUGGACGCCCGAGGAGGACGAGAAGCUCGUCGCCUACAUCAAGAAGCACGGCCAGGAUUACUGGCGCACCCUCCCCAAGAAUGCAGGGCUCGCACGGUGCGGGAAGAGCUGCCGGCUGCGGUGGACAAACUACAUGAGGCCGGACAUCAAGCGCGGCCGCUUCACCUUCCAGGAGGAGGACACCAUCAUCCAGCUCCACAGCAUCCUCGGCAAAAAGUGGUCAGCAAUCGAGGUGCGGCUGUGCCGCCGCGCCUUGGACUUGGAGCCUCUCGCCAACAACUACGAGCCGGACCCAGACCUCCUCCGGCUCGCCUCCACCCUGCUGCUCUCUGUCCCGGCCGCGCCCGCGAUCGGCGACCAGCAGCAGCUCCUGCCGUGGACCUUGCAGCCGGCCACCAUGGCGCAACAGGUGGUGGCGCUGCCGCCGCCGCCGCCGCAGGCCGAACAGUUCGUGGCGCAGCAUGCGUGCCAAAUGCAGCAACACCAGCCCCAGGACACAUGA